GAAGAAGCACAACUAUAAUAUGCAGAAUAUCUGGAGAUUUACAAACUGGUAUUGUCUGGUUUCGACCUGGUGGAGGAUCACCACAAGAAGUCGUACAGUGUAACACAGCCAACACUAUGUGUCUUAAGCCUCUCCGUGGUUACAGUUAUGCUAUUGACUCGGCUAAAGGACAGCACAAUCUUACCAUAACCAAGUUCAACAUUUCAACAGAUGCUGGAACAUGGAUUUGUAGAGAUGGAAUGAUCGGAAAUGGUAAACUUUCAUGUAACAAGACUGUCUUGGAUGGUCCACACAAUGUUGCUUUCGAACAUAUAUCUCCUGAGUAUGUCACAGAAGGCGACGGCCUGACUGUGAACUGCACGGCAAAGUGUAACCCAUCACCAUGUUCCUUCUCGUGGACAGUCAGAAACGACACAGUCUCAUCAGGCGCUCUAUUGUCACUGACAGACAUCAGCAGCACUCAGAACGGAAACGUGUACACAUGUACGGUUAACAACACUGCCACUCCAAACUCUACAACAAUUAAGUUCACGCUAAUUGUCAAAGAUCGCACAGAGCGCAUGUCUGCCUUAAGUGCAGGUGCUCUAUCAGGAAUUGUUAUCGCUGUUGUACUGGCUCUUGCUGUUCCUACUGUUUGGAUACUUUGUAACAGGAAAAUGAAGAAGAAAGUUGAAGAUGAGCAGAACGUACUUAAUACACAUGUAACUAAAGAAGAGCAAAAUGAAGCCAACAACCCUGCAUUAUCCCAUACCUAGUACCCGAAUACGGACGACAAAAUGACGCUAACGCUAGAAUUCAACAGGGUUUUUUUGUUGUUUCAUAUGAAACUAUCAGUAAACAAGCUUAGAUUAAAUUAAUAAGGUUCAUCCGGGUUUUUCUUUUCAUUUCUUUUCGGUUUUUUUAGCAAACCAUGGGUGAAGAGUGACUCUCCAAACGCAUUUGAUGUAACCAUGGGCGGAUAUGACGGCGCCGAGAUAUGUGAGCUUGUUGGGCUCCUUAUGUUGCAAACUAUACUGAAUGAGUCAAACAUCAGCAACCUGGGACUAUACAGGGAUGAGGACUAGCAGUAUUGAACAGACAUUCGGGGUGCGAAUCAGAACAAAUUAUAAAAGGCCUCGUAAAGAUUUUCCAAGGACUCAGCCUCAAACUAACAGUGAAGACCAAUUUAAAAAUCACCAACUACCUGGAUACAACAUUGAACCUGAACAACGGUACAUACAAACCCGACAGAAAACCAAACGAUGUACAUCGACAGGAACUCCAAUCAUCCACCUGCAAUCACAAAGCAAAUCCCAUGAACUGUCAGCAAGAGAAUCCCUCUCCUCUCAUAAACCGAAGACAUUUUUGCCAAAGCCGCCACCGCUUAUAACAAAGCAUUAGAAGCAAGCAACUAUACAGAGAAGAUAGCAUUCCAUCAAUCAGACAUGAAAACAGAAGCAAGCACCAAAAAGAAAAAUAGAACAUAAGAUGGUUCAACCCGCCAUACAGCAGAAACGUAACGACCGGCAGCAAGUACCACAAACUCUUCAACAAGAACAACGUCAAAGUAAGCUACAGCUGUAUGAAGAACAUGAAAACGAUCAUACAACACCACAACGCAAAAAUCAUCGCCGAAGACAGCAACAAGCAAACAGAACAAAUGCAACUGCAGA